AUGAUGGGGCUGCACAUCUUGCUGAGAUCUGCUCGCAGGCCACAGCAGCGGCUAAGGCUGCGCAGCAAGUGGUGCAGCCACCUGCUGAAGAGGCUCUCGUUUGAAAAUGGUGCCGCGGAAGACAUGCCUCGUCAGCUGAUGCUGCAGGAGCCGCCAGAUGAAUCAUGGAUUGAUGCCAUGGAGCGCAGAGAGGCAAAGGAGAAGGAGGCAAUGGCAAUGGAAAAGGCAUGCAAUGGCAAUGGAUUUGACUGUUGCAAUGCAGUGGCCACACAUGGGCAACACCGCAAAUCAGAGAACUUAGAACCAAGCGGACGAACGCUUUACUUUCAGUUCUUUCUGCGGAAGUACUUCUUGAUGUCGACGCUCUUUGCGCCAGGCAAAAGAACGCGCCGCUGCUCAGCGAAGGGAGCGCAAGCUUGCAGCCAGAGCAAGGCCGAGUUUUGGCAAGCACUUCGUGUGAAGUUGCUCGGUGAUGUUGCUCGGAGUUGUGUGCAACCUAAAUUGCAUCGCGUUCGUCGAAGACAUCGAAUUUGCCAUCAAGCUCUCAAGCACGUUGCAGGCGAACUCGGAAUGGCAACGAAGGCUGGUGCAGUGACUGAACAGGGAGCUUGCUUGCACCAUCUUGCACCCAUGCGAUUAUGUAGGCAAUCGGUAGUUAUCUUUGGGGGCCUGCACGCCGUAAGUUGUGGCUCCGCACGAUGCAGGAUAUUAGAUAUUCAUGCUCAGCACAGCAACACAUAA